AAGUGAGAAGAAGGAAAGGAAAAGUGCAUGGCUGUGCUUUAGGAUGUCUUUGUGAUAGCGCCCGCUGCCAGGGCGGACAGAGGCGGCUUUGUGCGUGGGCUGCCUCGGGCUGGCAGCCGCCAAGGUGGAGGUCCGGCCGCGCAUGCAGAAUCGCAAAGGGAAGGAGGUCAGGGCUGGAGCUCCUGGAGCUGCAUUACCCGGGCUGCUGACAGCUCCUCCUGAUGUCCUCCGCACGGCAGAAACGGGGGCCUGGACGCGGAGCACAGAAGCUUUUGCUCCCUGCCUGGGACAUCCCGUAUGCAGACCCGCGUGGGCAUUGUUGUAAGAAACAGAAGCUGCGUUCAGCACAGAUGCCAGCCUUCUCCAAGGAGUAACCUCUCCAUCCCCAAGUGACGCCAGCUCCUGCUAGUAUCAUGGGACCAGACGGUGGCUUCUUCAGCAGUGGACGGGUCCACAUCAUCCUGUGGGGAAGCCUGGCAGCUGUGACAACACUCCUAUUCCUCACCUUCCUCAUCUUCCUCUGCUCCAGCUGCAACAGGGAAAAGAAGUCCAAACAUCAGAAUGGAGAUCAUGAAAAUCUGAUGAACGUGCCUUCCGAGAAGGAGGUGUUCAGCCACUCCAUCACGAGCUCGGCCACAGAGCCGCCCCCCAGCAGUGAGCAGAACGGGGCGCUCAGCAAUGGCGAGGUGCUCUCAGAGGACAGUACAACUGCCUGUAUCCAGCCUUAUGAAGAAGUACAAACAUCUGUCUCUGAUCUGCUAGAUCCACAAGACAGUCUUGGAAAAUCCAUAAAAUGUCACCAGAGCCGGGAACUACCCAGUAUUCCCCCUAACAAUACCAUGGAAACCAUCAUCUCAGCUAGGAAUGCAGAAAAUGAUCAAGGUCUUGGAAUGGAAGGGCCUUACGAAGUCUUAAAAGACAGCUCCUCUCAAGAGAACAUAGUUGAAGACUGCUUGUAUGAAACUGUGAAGGAAAUCAAAGAUGUUGGAGCAGCAGCCAACAUGGAAAGAAGCUGCAACAGAAAGUCAGCAGCUUCACUGAUGGCAUCUGAAGAUCAGGAUCAGAAUCCUGAGUACAGAAUUGAAUCGGCAGAAUACGCAUCUGUAGACCGAAAUAAAAAAAGUCGCCAAAGUGCUAAUUCAGAAAGCCCUCUUGACAACACACCAGAUGUAGAAGAUGAGCUUCCCCCUCCAGUACCCAUGAAACUUCUUGAUGAAAAUGAGAAUGUGCAAGAAAAAGAAGUGGAAGAAGGAGAAGGAACAGAAGGAGCAAGUGAACCAGAGAAGAGGCAUAGUUCGAUGUCUUACAAGUCUCGGGAGGAAGAUCCAUCUCUUACAGAAGACGAGAUCUCAGCCAUGUACUCUUCAGUGAGCAAGCCAGGACAGGCCAUCAAGGCACUGGAUUCUCCUUACACGUGUAUUCAAGAAAUUGCAUCUCAGAGGUCCCCGUCUGUUUGCAGUGGCCUCUAUGCAAGCGUGAAGGACUUUGAAAACACCCUCAGUACUACCACUGUGCCUCAGUCAGCAGACAGACCCAACGGGGAGCUGGAGCCUGACUAUGAAGCUAUCCAGGCAGUGAGCCAAGAAGAAGACAGGACCUUGUCUGUGCCUAACACAAACCACACUGCUCUUUCGGGAGAGAAUGACUAUGAGAGCAUAGGGGACUUGCAGCACCACAGGGAUGUCACCAGACUUUAACUACUCUGGCAGCCAGAUUUCAGCCUUUAUCUUAUCUGCUGGUGUUUUCAAAGGAACAUGUGAGACAAGAAGAGGGAAUCGCUUCUUAUUUUGAGGAACAAAGCUAAGUACAGAAUAGAAGUUGUGAAGAAGCCAUGCAUGCUUCAGCCUGGGUGUGAUAUCCAUGGGGUUGUUCUGGGUGGUGGAUGGAGGCUCACAGGAAAACUUAUUUUUUAUUGUUACCUUUUUAUUGUUAGUUCCAAGAUGGUCAGAAUUUGGGAAGGAGUGCUGUGUUUGUCAUCCUGAUAGGAUCCCAUACCAAAAAGACUGCCUUUACACAAAGCUAGCUUUUCAUUCUAGAAUAUUAUUUUAUGUCAUUUUCUUCAACGUAUUUUUGAAGAAUCGUUCUUCAUUCGAGUUCGGGCAUCCACUUCGUGGAGCAACUCACAGACCGUCACACCUCUCCUCAGACUGACUUUGCAGGGCUGGGGAAGGUGUGCUAACCUCUGCGUCUUUGGGAGCGUGCUGUAAGUCAGCCUGCUGGGACUGUGAGUCCUUGCAGCCAGGUGGGGUUGAGAUGGAGGCAGGAUAUCGGUGUGUCCUUUCCACUGUCAUUACAACUAAAGUGCAAAUAACAGUUACUUCACUUCACAACAGACCUACCCCAAAGGUACUUGAAUUAAUUCUGUAUGCUUUUUUCUUUCUUUUUUCUUUUUUUUUUUUUUUUAAUGUUGGGGCUGUAGAAUGUGACUUGCAGUAUUUGAGAUGUGUACUGGUAUUUGUAGGGUUUUUCAUUUAAUUAUUUGUGAAAUACUGCUUUUAAAUGGCAAGUGACACUCUUAGUGGUCUCACUGUGUUCCUCCUGUGUGCACACAUACCUACACAUACACACACUAGACAACUGUCAUGUUGCAAGAAGUUGUACAAAUGAAUGUGUUGGCAUAAUGUUUAGUCUAACCAUAAUAGUGUUGAGUCAUCUUUUAAAGAAUUUUGCCCUUUUUAAAGACUUAAAAUAUUUUAAUAUGUUUAUCUAUUGUAUUAUAUAGGAAAAUUUCUGUAUUGUGUUGAGUGGAUGAUAUUUUUCAUUUUUGCAACAUAUUUUUAAUCUUUGAGGUUUUUGUAGAUUACCUUACUGCUUUAUGUAACCAGAGGAAUCCCAUUCUUUCCUUGGGUUUUAUUUGUUUUUCCUUUAAAUCUUCUUCCUAUUUUAGAUGUACGUAAAUGAACAACUGCUAUAUUUUUUUUAAUCUUCUUAAACAGGGAUGUGGACCAUGCCUUGCUGUUUUUAAGCUUAAAAUAAUGGAGUCUGUGUGAAAGAAAAAGGCAAAAAAGAGGCAGAAGAGAGAGUGGAUUUCUUCUGGGAUUGCCACUGGUCAUCCUUGUUCCUCUGCCAAAAGAAGCAGGAGAGUCAUAGCUGAGGGAGACCACAAAGUUCCUGGGGCUCCAACAAGCAGUUUGAAAGCCACUGUCUUUCCAAAGAUACCAUGUUAUUCUGUUACUGGUGAAAACAAAGUACAGUAUGUAGAUGAAAUAAGCAGGUACUGGACUGAUACUCGUGUUUUCUUCAAGAAUAGUGCAAUGAUGAAUACUACAAUAAUACAAGAACAGUCCAACAGUAGAGAACAGGCAUUUCAUUAUAUGCCUUUGUACACACUUAUGUGUACAUCUGUGCAUGUGUCCCUAUGCAUACACACAUACACGUGAUUUGUAAACAAGGACAAACUACGGUCCAAACUUGGUAGCAUUCAGAUAACAUUCACAUACAUAAUAUUGGCAUGUGCUUGAAGAGUAGUUAAUGCAAAAACAGUACGUAAACUGAGAUUGGCUCAUUGCAUAGCAGCCCAGAAUGGGUUUAGCUUCAGCUCAGUUGGUGCUGAGGUUUGAUAUAUCAGAUUGAGUCCUUCUCAGAUCACUGGCCAGCACACAACGGUACUUGGUACUGUAUAGGGCAAACACAGUCCUGGGUACACACAUUUGUUAGAAAUACCUACAACUAAAAGAAGUGUACUGGUUUAUGGGCAUAGCCUGUAAGGAGCAUGGCUCUGAGGAGCAGUGCUCGCCUGCAAACUGCCCACAGAGUGACCGAAGCUUUGUGGAGCCUGACCUCGCGCAGCCGUGGAGCACGCUUGAGCCGGGGCUCUCUUCCUGCAAGGAAAAGCAGCUCAGACAGACCAGUCUGCAGCUAUCUUGACCGUGCUGCCAUGCUUUCACGGCCGCAGCAAAGACUUUUCUUCCACUUUGCUGCAGUGCUUUUUAUAGCUGACUUUGGUCUUCCUCCCCUUGCAGUGUUCCCUCAAAUGUGAAUUCAUGAAGUUCACCUUUGACUGUUCUCUCCUUCUACUUCAUGCUGUUUAAGGCCAAAGAUAAAAUGCCUCACGUAUCACAAGAUCUUCUGUGCUGAGUUUGGAGAAUUUCUGGAGGUUUAACUGUGUGCUUGCUGCCUGCUCCGUGCUCAGGUGUACUCGUUUAUGUAUGUCGUCCUCAGUCUGACUCCUGCAGCUCAGUGGGAGACAUACACAACUCCUGAGGUUCCCAAACACAUCUCAGGAUGCAGUUAUCCCUUAAGGGCUGUCUUACUCAUUACAUGGAUGACUGCUUAUGGAGAAACAGUAGCAACAUGAGGCUUGUCAGGUUCACCAGAUGCAAUUUCAAGAUCAGUUUAAAAAUCAAAAAAUAAUAGCAGUUAAUGAUAGCAAAGAAAAACAUUGAACUCCAGAUUGCAAAAUUUUAAGCUGCAAAAGAAGAAAAUCAAGCAUCACUCUAAAAGAUGCCAAGAUCAGGGAGCCAAAGGAAGAAGAAGGACUGCCUGGUGGCACUUUGCUGUCUUUCGGAGCAGAACCAGGAGUGCUGGACUGGAGGAAGGGAUGUCAGACUCAGCUCCUUCCUUCCUUUCUGAUCCCUGUUGGGACCCCAGACUUCCCUUUUUCACAGUGAAAUCCGCCCCCCUGUCUUUUUUUUGUUGCUGUCUCAGUCUGUCUCACACAGCCUGGCACCGGGCGCUGGUGUGCAGCCUGCAGUGCCAUGGUGCUGGCACGUUCCUUCCCGUUUCGGCCACUCUCGGGCUGCUCACAACCUCUGCAGAGCAGCUGCUGUAGCAAAGACAAUUCUUGAGUGGUGGACAGGGUCUGAAAUCAGUGUUUUAUUUCCUUCUUAUGUGAAUUGAUCUCAGAUGUUACAAACAGGAGCUUAACCUUUUCCUUCUACCACUCUGUCAGUCACGAGAUGGAGAUGUGUGCUUUAUCUGCAUCUCCUCAAGCUCUCCACCUCCAUCUCUUGACAGAUGACACAGUAAUGCAGCCAGUAUUUAUUACAGAGUGUUUAGUGCAAGCUGCCAUCCCCAUUCUGUCCCUUGCCACAUUCAGGGGCUUUGACCAUGACAGUCUUCUCUGAAGUCAUCGCAGCAGGGAUCUGCUUCCAGCCCACCAGACCCUCAGCCUGGUGGGGAAGGCGUUCAGAUUCCAGAUUGCUGCUUGUGAUGUUAGCACCUGCCCUCACCCUCUGAGACCUCCUGACGCUGGGCUCUUGGGAGCCAAAAAAAAAGGAAUUGCCCUCCUGAACAAGGACAUGUGAAGGGGGCAGUGUGAUAACUCCCCUACAAUCUCCACUAUGCAGUCUAAUGCUAUAGAAGAAUAUUUUAGAAUUCAGUCCAAGGUUCUUAAAUGAGUAAUUAACAUCACUUGACAAAAAAAAAUAAGCUUCUGUUUUAGUUCCCUCUUUCCGGAAGUAAGAUCUGUUCUUUUACGACUGUUGCCAAUGCUUCCUUUUCACUAAUACACUGGAAAUACUUUCCCAGCAGCAAUCUCCAAAUACAUUAUUUUUGCUAUAAAGAAAGGGGAGUCUCUUCUACUUGUCUCAUCACUGCUAUUUGUUUCUCUUUCACCACACCCGUAAAUAAAUGUCAACAUCCAGAAUGAAUUAUUUGUUACCUGAUGAUCUUCUCUGGGGCAACUUCACAGACUUAUUUCUUUACCUCCAUUUGUUAGCACAACUGUAUAAGAAGAUCGCACUUCACAUUGCCAUAGUAAAGCCACGUACAGCUGCAACAUCUCUGUAACUACACUAUUGAAAAGGUCUUUUCUUAUUCCCUUCUGGGAACUGGUAGAAAUAGGAAAUGCAGUUUGGACAUCUCUUACCUGAAUCCAUCUCCCAUGGGAUUUCUAGCCACAUCUUGAAGCCAGUAGUGUCCCUUUCUACCAUGACGAGCUCAGAAUUUCUUGCUCAGUCACAGAGCAAAAUAAAUUUUAAGGAUAUUUGUACACAGGCAUGUACCUAGUUACCACAGCUAGAUCAGCUAUAGUGCCUUUUUACUAAGUAGUUAGUACUUCCAUACUCUUUUUUCCAUCCUGUUCGUUUGACACAAAACUAGAAAGAGUGUUCCCCCCAUUUAUCUGCAGGGGAAACAGCUUUGGAAACAGUUGGUAGCAGCUUUAUAAAGACACAUCAAACAUACUGGACCUCAAUUAGCCUCAGUUUAGCAAUAGUCUCUUACAAAGUUCCUCUAGAAAGCCCAGUACUGUAGCUACGAUAACUAAGCUUUGCAAUAAGCAUGAUCAAUCUUCUUUUGAAGAACCUACGUUUUUCAACAGUGAGCAUUCAGGGAGGUGGUGAUCUGUGUCCAUGUCAGCUGUGAACAAUUGGUAGCUUCAGUCUUUGUAUUAGUACCAAUUACAGGCUUGCUUACAUGUAGCAGGCUGCACGGGGUGGGGGGAUGAGGGGAAUGGCAAAAGAGGAGUGGGUGCUGGGAUUCAGAUGCAUCAGUCACCCAAAGCUGGGCUGUCCCGCAAUAGCGACUGGCUGAGGGUCAGCUGCCUUGUUCUCCAAGCCCUCGUGUAUUGUGCCUCCGAGGAAUCCAUCUUGUGGGGAUUCUUCUGGGCUGUGUACUUCUCCAUGGCUCCCUGAACAGCUCCUCUCGGUUGUCUUGAUAAAAAUUCUGUGUACACGGUGCUCUCUGUUCAACCUUUCAAUGGUGCUUUUAUAAGAUGCUGGAUAAAUGGUUUCAAUGUGCUUUCUGAAAGCUGACGUGUAAAGUUGUGACAUAAAGUGUUCUCUCUAGCAUUUUCUGCUUCACAGAACUGAGCGUUAACUGUGAUGCUCUGACUGCAAAAGUCUGACAGGGCUUCCCUGUUUCUUCUUCACCCUACAAAGAGCCAGAAUGGAGCCAUCACGUGUAACAAGCCUGGGUUGGGCGAUAGCAUUCAGAAGCAGCCAUUCAGGCCAAGUGCAUUGGCUUGAGAGCAGCUAGACACUUGGCUCCUCAAGGACGUUCUUCUGUCUCCAAUUGUGUAUAUGCAUUUGUUUGCAAGAUGACUGUAAGAAAUCUAUUUCUGCAACAAACAUUUUAAUUUGGGCCAAAUUCCAAAGAGGAUAUUUGGUUAAUUAGCAGUUAGUUCAGAUGAGCGUUAUUUAUUUAGGUUGCAACGUGCCUGAAUAAGGCUUGUAUGUGCCUCACAAGCAACUUGGUGUGUGUGGUCUGUUGAGAACUGGGCGAAUGCAAAAGAUGCUCAACCUGAUGGCUGCUCCUGGGGUAGCAUGCUGAAGACUCUCAAGGGCAAAUCUCUUCCUUGGAGCAGGAAGCAUAAUUGCUGUUAAUAUGAUUUCAUACCCUGGUGCUGAAGUUCAUUUGUAUCUGUCUUUUGGGAUGAUCAUGGCUGAAGACAUUGCCAGAGCAGAUCUCAACCUUAAAAGAAAAAAAAAAAAAGAAAAAAAAGAGAAGGAAAAAAAAAAAAGUAUUUUUAUAUCCCCUGCUAGCUAGCCAGUUAUCAUUGUGUUGAGGAUUAUGCUGAGAAUAAGAGCUAUGGAUGAAGCAUCACAGAGAUAAAAGCAGGGUGUUCCUUUUCUCCAAGGAGGGAGAACCCUGUGUAGUUGGGUCGAUAUGAAAGAUCCCAUGCUCAGCAUUCAUAUAUCCUCAACAAAAGGUGUUAAACAAAUUAGUUGCCUAGGUAGUAAUUUUCCAGUAGUGCAUUAGGGUAUCACAUACACCAGACACUGUUCUUUUCCUAUGGACAACAGAAAGUUGAAAGCUUAUUGUGAUAUAAGGUUCCAUUGAUUAAAUUUACUUUACAUGUAAGCCAUAGGUCAGCAAGAGAGGGUCUACACAAUGUAGAUAUAUUUAACCUGACUCUAAAUGAUGAGAUGUUGUAGGCAGAAUCACUAGAACAUCUCCAUGCUCUACACUUGGUUGGACCUGCUCAUAUGGCACCACAAUUUGCAUAGCAAAUGCAUGGAGUAUCUUGUAUUAUGUAUCCAUUGGCCUGCCCAAUCUAUAGGCAACACAAAGCUUAGUUCUGAUUUUUUGAGCUGUGGGGUUUGUUUUCUGGACAUCUUCUGUCUCAGACUGGACAGAAGGACAGUCACUACAACCACAACAGCAAAGUGCCUAAAGUAAAGAUGUCUCCAUAAAGGUAAAAAUGCUCACUGUUACUGCACGGCAACUUGUCUACCGUAUGUGGUACUCUCUUGCCAUACACAUUUCUAAAUUUGUCUUUCAUUUGUUGCGUUCAUUUAUUGUUAUAAUAACAGUCUGGCAAGUUUUCUGUCUCUGCAAAUUCAAUUGUAUAAUUUUAACUAGAACGUUUGUUACUGAAAAUAUAAAAUGAGAUCUUUGUUCAGUUUAGAAGGCAGCUGUGUUGUUUCUCAUAAUUAAGAUAAUGCAACAACCUGCUUAGAUUUACAAAGUAUGUAAAACAUGACUUUAAAAUGCUUUGGUUUAACUUUCAAGAUGCCUCCCUUUCACUACAAGACAAUGUUACCAACUUUGCGAUUUUAAUCUUGUAUUGUUCUAAAGCCUUAUGAAUCUUAUUACUUAUGGGGAAAAAAAAAAAAAGAAAAAAAAAAAAAAAGAAAAAAAAAGGCACCACUGGUGUUUUGACUUCCUAAUGUCUAUGAAAAGGUGUUCAUGUUUUAACUUUCAGCAUAGGUUGGAUUUGGACUAUCCUCUUAUUUAUGUAACUGCUCCUCCCUGUCACGCUCAACCAUCACCAUCUUGGUUCUCUUUUUUGUCCUUGAUGAAAUACAGCACCUGGCCACUGUCCAGCGGGCACAGAAACUGCAUCACUUAACAGUUCUGAACAGGGUUUAGAAGCCUGGACUUGUGCUCUGAAGUCACACAUUUUGGGGAAAUCAGAUCCUGUCUUGCAGACUUCUGUGGAGAUCUUCACUUUCUCUCAAGGCAAAAAGUUCCAUAGCUUGGAAACACUCAGCUGACAUGGAAAGAUGUACAGUAAGAGAUGAACUGUUUGGUUUUGGUUUUGUUUUUUACAUUAGUAAAAAAUCCUUAAGAGCACAAGAACCCCCUUUUUCACAUUGAAGAGGAUACUAAACUUGGUCUUUAUCUCUGAGGCUGCUUGAGAAUGGUCACGUAACCAGCCUCCUCCGAACGUCCUACCUGUGUGACUAUUUCAGACCUGAAAUGAGCAUCUGGAUCACUCAUGGCUCCACAUGGACCACCUUCGUUCAGGGCCUGUCUCAGUUCUGUGGCGACGACAAACUUAGGAAUGGCCCUUGGCUUCCCAGUCCCAACCCCCUGAGCUUUGAAGUGUGUGAGCUGCUCCUCUUCAGUCUGCCUGGUGUUGCUAGACUGAGGUUGUGCCAAGAGUCAGCUGCAGCCCAGAGAGGAGCAUGUACUGUCAGGGCAGACCAGGUACAGCCUACUGCAGCAACUAGGAAAAGAGAGGCCAGAGGAAAAGUAGCUAAGUUUCAUUUGUGCUUCACCCAUCUCAACAGACUACCUAGUCAUAAAGGUUUUAUUGUAGAGGAGAUUGCAGUCAAGGGACAAGGAGCAGAGAAUUGCACAAGAGAGUGGGUGGAACUGUUUACUCUUCUCAGUAUUCCCUUAGCCCAGAGAGGAAGGGUCAAGCCCUCUUUGCCCCACUGUCAUGUAGGUUUCCUGAUCUUUUAUCAAGCCUCUGUGCACCAUAAAUGAAAGGAAAAUAAAUUAUAAAUACAUGCUUUUGCUCUAUGAUAAACCCCAAAUGGGCAAAGGUGAGUGCACUAAUGUAAGUACCAUCAUUCACGUGCAGAUUUGGACUUCCACAGAGGUUUUUUAGCAAAAAAUAAAAAAUAAAAAAUCAAAACUGGGGUUAUCUUAUUUAAAAGUAAUAAUUUGCAUGAGAUAAGAGUGCAGGAUUAGACCCUAAAAGUUUAGGACAUGUUUGGUUGGUGCUAACGUAUUUUUGUUUGUAUUUUCAGUGAGUGAAUUUUCUUUCUUUAUGUUAGUGAAUUGAUAUGACUUCCAUAGGAACAACAAACAAUACAGAGUCUGGUAUAUGGAUAAUUAUCUCCAAUAGCUGUUAUUAACUCCUGCCUCAGUAGGAUUCACUUUAAAUUGGGUGCUGAAGGAGCUUCAGCACAAAAUUGCUGUAUGCAUGGAACAUUGCCUACUUAGAACAUAGUGGAUAAGUAUUUGUAAUUACAGACACUUUCAUUUAUUUUAACCGUUGUUUUAUAAUGGAAAAAAAUGUUUAUCAGUAAAAAGGUUUUCUAGCAAUGUUCUCCUAAGUAACGUUUUAGCAACAAAUUCUGUUUUUUGGACAACUAUUUGAUUUUCUGGUCACUGAAGAACUUCAAAACAUCCUCUAACCCAGCAUGAUCUUCUGAAAAGAGAGGAUUAGAACUGUCUCUGGCUGUCUCGGAGUGGAUACAGUUGAAGGAACUGUGCGGUUCAGAUCUGUAGGGUAGCGAGAGCAGUUCAGAGAAGUGACUGUAAUAUAUAAACCUGGAGUCAGUGCAUGCAGACUUCCAAGCUGGCACUGCUGAGGCUUGUUUGCUACACGAUUGGUUAUUUGGCUUGCUACCUUUCUGAAAUCAAUAUGGUUUAUUAACAGCACUGUAGACCCAAAAUACUGUAGUUUUGCAGAAUGUAUGUUCCAUAAAUUGUAGCUUGGCUGUAAUUGCAGGGCUUAUACUACAGUGAGUGCAGCUCAGAUCCAAGACUAAGUUGCAUUUUUUAAAUUGAUAAAUGCCAUGAAAUUCCUUUCAACAUUUUGUAGUAAUAUACACAAGUUGAUGUAAUUUAGUCAUACCAUUAUUCUAAGAAUCUUCAUCUGAUGUUUCUAGCCAAUUCGGCUUUUGGCUGCUGAAAGCACAGUAGGUAAUUAUGGUUAUUUACUGUAAAUGUAGACAAGUUUUAUGUAAAUAUGUCAGGGCAAAAAAAAAAAAAAAAAAGAAAAAGAAAAGAAAAUGUUACUUAAAUGUAUGAGGCAGUUAUCUAAAAG